AACGGAAUGAGUUUCCUUUUCAUAUUUUCUACAGUGAGUCUCAUGAGUGUAUAGUUAGUGAUUACUUUUGCUAACUAAACCUUGCACAUUCCGUUGAUCAUCAAUUAUGCCCCUUUACCAAUAAUACUUGAAUCGUCUCUUAGUUGAACUUUCUUUUGGUUGAAAUUUUUUAAUAUAGUUUCAUGACCCUCUGUCCUACACUUUCAUGACGUAAUUCGGGGGGAUGAGUCAUCUUCUCGACGAUGGCUCUUCCGUCGGUCGGACACUGCCAGCAAAUUGAGGUUCUGAGGGGUGGUGUGUUACCAAAGCUCUGGACGUAGAUCUUUGUACCUUGCCAAUAGCCUGAUUCUGUUAUCCGGACCGCCAUAUUGGGCAAGCAAGAUGAUUAUUUAAGUAAUAAAAAUGUUCAAAUUCAAGAAAAGGAAGCAUGAAAUUUUAUAAGGGAAUGUUUGCUCCCUCACAUGAUAGUGAUGUAACGACGUAUCAACCAGGUGCUACUUAUUAAGCUUGGCAUCCCUACUUCUUUGCUGUUCAGUGAUCAGCCCUUGUGAAAGAUCACAAUGUCUGCCAGUGUGAGAACACCACUGCAAACUGUGCAUGAAUCGGUCACAACUGAGCAAGUCAAGGAGGGGGAACGCCAUAGAAGUUUUCCAAAUUCUCGUAGUCGAACUUCUGAAGAGCCUCACAUUGGUCGCUACAGGUUAUUAAAAACUAUAGGGAAAGGGAAUUUCGCAAAAGUAAAACUAGCAAAACAUCUACCUACUGGCAAGGAGGUGGCUAUCAAAAUAAUAGAUAAAACUCAAUUGAAUCCAUCCAGUUUGCAAAAGCUUUUUCGAGAAGUAAGAAUCAUGAAAAUUUUGGAUCAUCCCAAUAUUGUUAAACUUUUUCAAGUUAUUGAAACAGAAAAAACAUUGUAUCUUGUCAUGGAAUAUGCUAGUGGAGGUGAGGUUUUUGACUAUCUGGUAGCACAUGGCAGGAUGAAGGAAAAAGAAGCUAGAGCUAAAUUUAGACAAAUUGUUUCAGCUGUUCAGUAUUGUCAUCAAAAAAGGAUAAUUCAUAGAGAUUUAAAGGCCGAGAAUCUCCUAUUAGAUGGAGAAAUGAAUAUAAAAAUAGCAGAUUUUGGUUUUAGUAAUGAAUUUGUUCCUGGUCAAAAAUUAGAUACAUUUUGUGGAAGUCCACCUUAUGCUGCCCCAGAACUUUUCCAAGGUAAAAAAUAUGAUGGGCCAGAAGUAGAUGUUUGGAGUUUGGGUGUGAUACUCUAUACUCUAGUUAGUGGUUCUCUACCUUUUGAUGGAGCAAAUCUUAAGGAACUUCGAGAACGUGUUUUACGAGGAAAGUAUCGAAUUCCAUUUUAUAUGUCUACUGAUUGUGAGAGUCUGUUAAAAAAAUUUUUAGUUUUGAAUCCUGGUAAAAGAGCAUCAUUAGAGGCUAUAAUGAAAGACAAAUGGAUGAAUGUUGGCUAUGAAGAUGAUGAACUUAAGCCUUAUAUUGAACCCGAGACAGAUUUUAGUGAUACGAGAAGAAUGGGUAAGCAAGAAAUUUUGCUGUCCAUGGGUUACACGCAAGAUGAAAUAAACGAAUCAUUAAGGAGCAAAAAGUAUGAUGAUAUAAUGGCAAAUUAUUUGCUUCUUGGCAAGAGAACUACUGAGAAUGAUAGUUGUGAUUCCCAGUCCAGCUCUAGUUUAUCACUUCGCACAUUAAAAGCACCAUCUGAAAAUGCUGGUAAUAGUCAAUCUCCUCCGCACAUCAAGGUGCAGCGUAGUGUGUCAGCAAGCAGUAAACCUAGACGCUUCAAUCAUACCAACCAAACAACCCCUGUGAAUAAUGGUCCUCCUCCGUCCUUUAAGAGACAAAAUACUCUGGAAGCUGGAACUGUCAGAGAAAAUCCUCCAGUCUCCUCUUCUCUUGGAUCACCAACCAUUUCAACUGGUCCUAGGCCUGCUAAGACUAAUCAGUUAUCACAAGAAAACUCAACUUCUGUUCCAUCUGGUGGUAGCAGCCCAUCCAAAGUAUCUUCAACUGUACGAAAAUCUAAUACCACAAAAUCAAACUAUAGUGGUAUUCCAAGAAGAAAUACUUAUAACUAUAGUGAGAAUAAAACGUUGUCUUCUGAAAAAUCUGGUAGUCAAGAAACCUCCAACAGUAACAUCCCAUUACUUGGUGAUCGAACGCCUGUUCCUAGACCUAAGGGACACACAAAAUCGGCCUCUGUUUCAUGCACUGGCCGACCGGAGCUUUCCUCCUUUGAUUCUUCAGAUCCACUCAGACCAAGCACUGCGGCCAUUGCAAAGCAGCCUGCCGCCCUGUCUCCACUGCCAGCUGUCAGCAGGGCAUUUCCUCGCGGCACUGCUAACAGGAGUACUUUUCACAGUGGACAGACGCGGGAGAGACGUCAUGUCAAUGCUUGUAAUGGGCCCCAGGGUAUGGUGCCUCUUAAUUCACAAGAUAUGUCCUCUAUGAACCAUGGAGGUAGGCAGUCUUUCUUCAGCAAGCUUUCCUUCAAGUUCAGCAAAAGGACUAUGAAUGAUGAUCAAGUAAAGCCAAGAUCCUUAAGGUUUACUUGGAGUAUGAAAACUACGUCAUCUCGAGAUCCUAAUGAGAUAAUGCAAGAAAUCCGCAAAGUAUUAGAUAAAAACAACUGUGAUUAUGAACAGAGAGAGAAAUUUUUACUCUUGUGUGUUCACGGGGAUCCAAACACAGACUCCUUAGUUCAGUGGGAAAUUGAAGUUUGUAAGCUGCCUCGACUGUCACUUAAUGGUGUGCGUUUCAAGCGCAUAUCUGGAACAUCUAUAGGCUUUAAGAAUAUUGCCUCCAAAAUUGCUAAUGACCUCAAACUCUAAUUAUUCUUAAAGUCAAGUGUGUGAUGAACACUUCCUUUUAAGCAGAAAAUAUCUCAGACGUGUGCCAGUGUCAAGAUUUGUUUUGGAAGCAGACUGGUGUCUAUAGUACUGUUUUUUUUAAUGUACAGUCGCCUGCUGUUCUGAAAAUUCUGGAGGUGUCGCUCUUAUGGUUGCUCUGACAACUUACAAGGACAUACCCUGAUUUGUGGUUCAAAUUUUCGAAGUAGUGUUCAAUUGCAGUACUAACUUUUGACUUCCAAUUUGUGUACAGAUUCUUGUUUUGUUAAUACCAUUUUUGCCUGGCACACGAUAGUUUACUUCUAUAUGUUGUGUGGGGGCGACAGAUGUAGCCCAUCACUGUAUAUAGACUAGCACUAAAUAUGUAGUUAUUUCAAAAUGCUAUCAUUUUUUUUUUUUCGAACCCAUUAUUUUGUAACGCCUCUUGGAGAGUUGAGGGUGUAUUUCAAUGUAAAAAAAUGUAAAUUUUGAAAUCACAAAUGGUAAUUUGGAAAGAUAUAUAAAUUAUACAUAAGUAUAUAUAUGAAAAUAGCUGAUGCAAUGACACAAAUAUGGUAUAAAUAUGUAACAACCUUGCUUACUUUUUGUUGUAAAUUUUCCUGCUAAUUUUAGAUUAAUAUAAGAUUUUAUGAAUUUUCCAUGGGAAAUUUUUUUAGUGUUUCUCUUUCUCUCUUUUUUUUUCAUUGUGUGUGUUUCCUCCAUACCUAUAUAUUUCAUGGGAAAAUGCAUUUUAAAUGUUUAAUUUAUGAGUCUUCAAAAUAAUUUCUAUAACAUUUCUUAAUUCUGUUAAAAAAUAUGCAUUUUUAAAUAAUUCCUUUUAAAAUUAAAAUCCUUUUACAAUUUUUUUAUCCAACCAUCACGUUUAAAUUAUUUUUGCGAUUUAUAUAUAUGUUUGUGUGUACAAAGCAGUUGAAUCCUGUCAGACAUUUCAUGUUUUAUAAAUAGAACACCAUUCAAGUCUCAUUUUUGACUCUGGAUUUAGAUAUUUUGAUUUUUUUUUUUUUUUUUUUUUUAAAUCUGAUAAUUGCCAUCACAUUUUUGUAAAUAUUUCACUGUAACAAUCUAUCUUGUGUUAUAUUGUGUAAAGCAUUAUAGCACAAGUUAUGUAAUAAAGUAAACCUAGAAAGGACGAUUUGCACCUGUGCUGUAGCAUACAAGAUUCUGGGAUGAUCUUUAAAAAAUAUAUAUAUUUGUAGUCCAUACGUUUAUAAAAGCAAUAUUAUGAACAUCUAGGAAAUCAAUGAGCUUUUUUGUUAAUUUUGUUAUAAUGAUCAAAUUUGCAUCCCAUAUUUCUACUUUCCGUGCAGCUGCGUUGGUUUUAUUUAUGUGAUAGCACUCAUGUAUUAUAUUACUAUUUAAAUUAAGUUGUAAAAGAAUGGUUAUUGAGUAAAUUAAAGCCACAUAAAUUUUUUAUGCUCUCUCUAUUAAAUUUAUUAUUCGUGACAAUCAAAAAAUUUUUUAUUAAAUUUGUCCUUGUUUCCCACAAAAAGUACAUUAAAAUACAUACUUGUUAUAACAUCAAGAAAGAUUUUAAUAUUGUUUUCGUCCAUAGUAGAAUGUAAUUUCUAAUGAAAUAACAAAAGAACAAAAGUGUAAUGUCUUGAGAAGAGCACAUGUCACUAGUUCUACAUAAUAUGCAAUUUCAUUUCACAAGGUGUUUCUUUUACAAGGUAGAUACUUGAGCAUAAUUAUUCCUAUUUAUUGUAAACAUUAAAACUAUUUUUAUGAAGUAA